AUGCCAAAAAGAAAAAGAGCUGUUAACAGUAGACAAAAGCGAGAGAAUGACAAAAAGAGAAAAAGGCAGCAGAGACAAAAAACUGCACCUGGAGAUGUCCCAGCAGAUCAGACUCUAACAGACUCUUCUGUUCCUUGUCGGACAGAGGAGGAAGCUGUUUCAGCUUCUCCCGGUAAUUUUCCGGGGCUUGGUUUUAUGGGGUUCCCACCUAAAGAGGAAAAACCCCUGGCCAGGGUGCAGGCCUCGCCUCGAGUGAAAAUGCAUUCACCUGCCCCGAGGUUGCCAUCUCCUCGGGGAAGUCUGUUUGUCCGUGAACAGGACAAGGCACCGUCCCCUGACUCCCUAGAAUGGGUUUGUGCUCCACCGAGGGCAUCUGGACCGGACACCGUGCACGUGUCUGGACCAGCAGGUCAGGCGCAGUUGGAAACCUCCAUGUAUGGAGGGACCAGCAGGAAAAUAAAAGAUGAGGGCAACUUGACGGUAAACAAAAAGGAAACUAAAAGGAAAUCAAAUAGAAAUGAGAACGGAAACAAUGAGAAACAUACUUUUUCAGAUAGAUAUAAUGAUGGAAAGACUGAGAAAACUAGUGCAGAUUUGUGGCGGCAGAAAUCAUCUAAAGAAGGAAAAACAGAAUGUGGUUUCUUUGCCUUCGAUUCGCAUUCUAGGUCCUCUGAUGGAAUGUUAAGUGUGACCUGCUCAAUGAAUUGUAUUGAAAAUGACAGGAACAAAGAUGAGGAAGAACAAGAUGCUGUUGUGCUAUUUGAAAAAGAAACUGUAAAGGCAAGGAGCAAACUGAAGUACAAGUUUGAUGAAGCACACAGGAUACAAGUCAAUGAAGCAAGUACAAAACGAUACAGGGAAAAUAAAACCUACCGGGAUGCAAAACUUAAUGCAGCGGCUGAGAAAUACGAGUCUGAUGUUUCGUUCAGGUCAAAAAGAAAAGCCUCGAGUAAAAAUCAGUAUGAUUCCAGUCCAGCUAAAAAAGCACGAAUCAAGGAGAGAAUAACAAAUCAGAAAUCUGUUAAGCGAGCUAAACUUGAAAACCAGGAUGAGAUAGUGAAAUUAUUUAAAGAGAAAGCUGUGCAGGGCAUAGAUUAUUCAUGUUGCUGCUGUGAUCGACUCUUGUUCAAAAAUCAAGUUCAGAAGUGUGAACAACACAACUAUGCUAAAAAUGAGCAUGCAGCAAAUGUUGCAGACUUGUGCAUUCAAGACAAAUUCGCAAAAGACAGCAACUAUGUUUUCUUCAGCCAGUUCAUGUCUGAUUUAAAUCAAGUUAUAGAAAAGACACAGAUAUCCAUCAGAAAAUCGGUUAGAAGAAUAGAAGGGGAGCGUAAAAUGACUGCUAAUAUGGUACAAAACCCAGAAAUUUUAUCAAAGAUGAUGAAAAAUGACGAGGCUUUGCGAUUCAUGCAACCCAUACGUGGAACACCAGCAUAUUGGUCAGCCGCACAAAAAGAUCUGUUUGCUAUGCUUCGUCAAUUAGGAAUUCCUACAUGGUUUUGCUCAUUCUCUGCUGCAGAACAUAGAUGGAGUGAUGCAAUUGCAACAAUACUAAGACAGCAAAAUGAUAGCAGAGAUCCAAGUAAGAUGGACUGGGCUGAAAAAAACGAAGUCCUCAGAAGUAAUCCUGUCACAGUUGCUAGAAUGUUUGAACACAGAUUUCAUGUUUUUCAGACGGAAGUUAUAUUUUCAUCAUCACAACCGAUUGGAAAAGUUUCAGAUUAUUUCCAGAGAGUCGAAUUUCAGCAAAGAGGAUCACCCCACAUGCAUUGUUUAUAUUGGAUAGAAAAUGCACCAAAACUUGAUGAAAACGGAGAGGAGGAAGUAUGCAAUUUUAUUGACAAGUAUGUAAGUUGUGCAAUACCAUCUGACAAUGAAGACUUGGAGCUCAAGAAUAUUAUUUUGUCUGUACAACAACACAGCAAAAAACAUUCGAAGUCAUGUAGAAAAAAGGGCACAGAAUGUAGGUUUAAUUUUCCUAGACCACCAUCUACUUGUACGUUUAUAAACUCUCCAAACGAGCAGGACACACUUGAAGAUGAUGCUGAUGCAAUUCAGUUAAAAGUGGAACAUGCAAAAGCUAAACAAAUCCUAUUACAAGUUUGGAAUGAAGUACAAGAUGAAGAAAAUGGACUGGAAAACACAGAACAGAUUUUCGAAAAAUUGGGCUUGACACAGUCUCAGUACAUAGAAGCACACAGAAGAUUAGCAAAGAAAACAUCAGUAGUUCUAAGAAGAAACCCAUCAGAACUGUGGACCAAUCAAUAUAAUCCGUGUCUUUUGAAAUGCUGGGAUGCUAAUAUGGAUAUUCAGUUUGUUUUGGAUCCAUUCAGUUGUAUUGUCUACAUAAUUUCUUACAUUUCAAAGUCUGAGAGAGAAAUGGGAAUGGUGUUAAAGCAAACGAAAAUAGAGGCAGAAGAGGGUAAUGAGAGUGCCCGUACAACCUUAAAGAAAAUUGGAUCUGCAUAUCUAAAUCAUAGGGAAGUGAGUGCUCAAGAAGCUGUCUAUCGUGUAUGUAACCUGAAAAUGAAGGAAUGUUCAAGAAAGGUUGUAUUUGUACCAGUGGGUGAAAAUCCGACAAGACUGACAAAACCGUUGUCCCAAAUCAAAAGAAAACGCACAACAAAAGACGAUGACGAAGAUGAAGAAGACGAUGAAGACAUUUGGAUGACAAACAUAGUAGAAAGAUACGAAAAUCGGCCAAACGAACCAUUUUUUCAAAAUAUGUGUCUUGCAGAGUUUUGCUCAGAAUUUAGAGUGCUUGCUAAAUCACAGGUUCCCAAGACUCAUAAUGAAAAUGUGUAUGAACUGCAAAACUCAAAGGGAUUCAUUCAAAAGAGAACACGCACACAACCAGCAAUUAUACGAUACCCAAGAUUUGAUGCUGAGAAAAUGUCAGAGAAGUAUUACCAAAGCCUGUUACAACUAUUUUUGCCUUACUGGGGAAUUAAUCAGUUAAAACCACCAGGUUUUGAUCAAUAUGAUACAUUUUACGAAAACGGAUACAUACGAAUCACAGCAAAGCAGAAGUUGAAAUCAGUCAAAUCAAUUGUGGACGAAAACAAAGCAAGGUAUUCUCAAAAUGAAGAUGUAAUCGCACAGGCACAGGAAAACUUUGAAAACAUCGGGGUACCAGAAGAUGCUUGGGCAAAUCUCUGUCCAGAGACAGAAUUAAUGAGACAUGAAUUGUCUGCAGAAAGAAAUGUUGAUCUUGAUUUGAAUGCUACUGAAGAAUUGCCAGAUAUGCAGUCACAAAAGACUAAUAGUGAUGUUCUUUACAAGGUUCAACAAAAUACACAGUCAAAAGAAGAAAUAACAAUUGUUCUUCAAAAUUUGAAUGAGACUCAAAUGAAAGUAUUUUAUAUGGUGCGGGAGUGGUGUUUGAAAAAAAGUUUUGGCGAAAAACUUGAACCAAUGCACAUAUUCAUAACUGGUGGAGCAGGAACAGGCAAAAGUCAUCUUAUUAAAGCCAUACAUUAUGAAGCUUCACGUUUACUUGGAAAACAAUUGACAACUCCCGACAGUGUUUCAGUACUACUUACUGCUUUCACUGGAACAGCCGCAUUUAACAUCGGAGGAAAUACUAUUCACCAUUUAUUUUCGCUGCCGAAACAUAUGCCUUUACCAUAUGAACCAUUGCGAGAACAGAGUCUAAGUGAAAUGAGAGUUCAACUUGCAGAUCUGCAUAUUCUCGUUAUCGAUGAAAUUUCAAUGGUGUAUAAAAGAUUAUUAUACUAUAUCCAUGAAAGACUAGUACAGAUUAAGAAAUGUAAAGAACCUUUUGGAGGAGUCUCGGUAAUUGCCGUGGGAGAUUUCUACCAGCUUCCUCCUGUUAAACAGCGCAAAGAUGAACGUCUCUAUAAAGAAAAUCCACUUUAUCCUUUUGAUUAUUGGGUAGAUCUAUUCAAAGAAGUGGAAUUAACAGAAAUUAUGAGACAACGGGAAGAUAUCCCAUUUGCAGAGGCACUGAAUACACUUCGGACUAGAGAAAUAAAACAAUCACUGGAAGAACAAACCAACUCCAUCCUAAGAGAAUGUAUACGAGAGGGGCCAGACGAUGUCCUUCAUGUUUAUGCAACAAACGAUGAGGUCAAUGCCUAUAAUUUGACAAUGCUCAAGAAGAAAUGUGAAGAAUUUGUUGAAAUUAAUGCUCAAGACUUCACAAAAGAUAAAAGUACGGGAAAACUCAACAUGAGAAGCAAGCCUUUCACAAGGUCUAAAACAGACAGUCUUCCAAGCUCUUUGUUAUUGGGACUUGGUGCAAAAGUUAUGCUCACUAGAAACUGCAAUGUAGGUGAUGGUCUUGUUAAUGGAGUUAUGGGAGUUGUAUCAAAAUUUGUAUAUGGCCAGAGACAUGCAGAAAAAAGUGUUGUUGCAGUAGAAGUACUAUUUCAUAAUAUGAAUGUUGGGAAGAAAACCGGAAAGAGAAGUAGAAAUGGAAAUCUCGUUAUGAUAGAAAGAAUUCAAGAGGAUAUGAAAGAUCAGAAAACAAACAAUGUUGUUCGGCAUCAGUUUCCAUUACGAUUGUCAUGGGCCUGCACAGCGCACAAAGUACAGGGACUGACAGUUGACAAAGUAGUUGUUAAUUUGGACCGAUCAUUUUCACCUGGACAAGGUUAUGUUGCGUUGAGCAGAGUUACAUCAAAAGAAGGUUUAUUCAUUGACUCAGACAAACCUGAAUUGAUACAGAAAAAGAUAUACGCAGACCCAGAAAAACUUGGCUGA